GAGACUAUGAGCGAGCGCAGCUGCUCCAUUCAGCCACAUGGUUCCUCUCGCGCUCAGACAAGCUCCUCCUUAGACAGCCGGGUUCACAUAAGGCUAUUACACCUCUGCUGCCCACAGCAGCGGCUCUGGAACGGUGCGGAACGAGUUUUCAGUCGCACAGGCAGUUGAGAAGUGUUGCUGGAUAUUUUUUUCCUGCAGGUAAAAGUUUGGAGAGCAGUGAUCCAAACGGGCUGGACUGUGGAGAGCAGGCUUGGUGGGACUCUGAGUCAUCACUGAUAGACUAACAGUGGGGAUCACUUCAGUGACAGGGCUCGUGCUCUGUAAAUCACUGCUCUGGUGUUGGAGAGAAGGAUGGUGCAGCACAUGAGCCAGACAGAGAGCGCCCACGCUCACUCCCCAGGCGGGGAGUCCACGGACACAGGAGAGAUUUACUUGGAGAUGGAUGCAUCUCCGACCCCCGAGCUCCCCUCAUCCGGAGAGCGGAGCGACCUGGCAUGGUGCAAAACUCCAACCGGGCACAUCAAGAGACCCAUGAACGCAUUUAUGGUGUGGUCCCAGAUCGAGAGGAGGAAGAUUAUGGAGCAGUCCCCGGACAUGCACAACGCGGAGAUCUCCAAGAGGCUCGGGAGGCGCUGGAAGCUGCUGAAGGACACAGACAAGAUCCCAUUCAUCCGCGAGGCGGAGCGGCUCAGACUCAAGCACAUGGCUGACUACCCAGACUACAAGUACCGUCCCAGGAAGAAAGUCAAGUCUGCUGGCGGAGCGAGUAAGCUGGAGCGUGGGGAGCGCUGCGUGAAGGCUAGCGUGAAGAAAAGUCCCGCGUCCAAGGGGAGGAGCAGGACACACAAACAGGGAGGCACGAGGGCUGCUCCGGGACAGGAUACGCUUCCUGGUGCCCACCAGACGCCCUUUAAAUCCAGGUCAGUGUCAGGGGCCAGACAGAUCCCGGAGAAGCGCACUGGAGAAUCACGGCGCGGUCACGUGUUCGGCGGUGCAGGCAGCCUGGAUAGCGGGCCGCCGUCCGUGGGAGUCCCGGCCAGUCCAGCCAUGAGCUGUUCGGCGGACUCCACAGACCCACUCAGCCUGUACGAGGAGGAGAGCCCGUCAGCACACACCGCGCGCCUCAGGUACGCACGAGCCUCCUCUCCGACACCGUCAGCCUCGCACUCCUCCUCGUCCCUGUCAUCCUCAUCAUCAGAUGAAGAGUUUGAAGACGAGCAGGCUGACCUCAAUCCGAGCCCCGGGUACGAGAGCAUGGCUGUGGGCGGCAUGGGCUUGUCUGACUCGGAGCUGGAUCAGGACUUGGACUGGAGUUUCGGGGAGUGUGGUGCGGGAUCUCACUUCGAUUUCCCCGACUACUGCACCCCGGAGGUCAGCGAGAUGAUAUCUGGAGACUGGCUGGAGUCCAACAUCUCUAACCUGGUCUUUACCUACUGAAGGAGACCAGCAGGGACCCCCACCAUCUGAACCUGUUACCCUUUUACGCGCGUGCGCCCAGACCACAUUUCCUCAGAUCUUUCAGAGCUGAAGGAAGAGUCAAACUGGACAGACUGGUGGUCUGACUGCGCACUGACUCCCAUGCACGCGCUGCUGACAGACUUCAUGCACGCGGGGGGAUGUUUAGUUUUAAUGGAGACAGGGGAGUGAAUGUAAGUUUGGCUCGGAUGAGGACUGGGUCUGAACUGAGGGCUUUUCCCGGAGAGCUCCACGUGCGGGGUUUGCUAAAGGUAUCUACGUUCAGGUGUGUUUCCCCCAAACUCGAAAACAACGCGCAUGCCCUCCGUGAUGAGCAGGCUUUUGUUGCUAGUAAAUGCGUAAAAUGUCCAUGCGUAAUUGUGCAAUUAAAUGUAAUUACGCAACUGAUGUGACCAUAGCACACAAUUCACUAUCACCAGCUUCUCUUUAACGGCAGGACUAAACGGAAACGGACUUUAAACUUCAGAAACUCUUUUCUGAACCUUUGUAAUAACUCAGUGCACAAUUCAGGACCAAUGUUCCCCAUCUUUUGCCUCGUGCUUCAACUUUGUAGAUCCUGUGUGGAAGGCGUUUUUAUAUUGACGUAUUUAUACCGGCCGGACGUUUUUAUACAUAGAAGCACGUCCCCAUCCAGAUCUGUGUUUGUGCACACCGUUUGUACUCAGCGCGGAAGGGCUAGAGUGUUGACUUUUCCGUGUGUCAUGAUUUUUUACCUGUAUUUUUGUAUAAAUCUAUAGAGGGAGGGGUGGUAGCCUACAACACUGUUGUUUGGAUCUACAUUAGUGUUGGGGGGGGGGGCACAGUCUGACCUCACAUGGUGUUUACAGUCUUUACCCACAUGCUUCUUAACGGCACAGUGACGUCAGUUUCACCAGCCUAGUAAACAACUGAUGCUGUUUCCGGUAAAUGAUGAACAAAGGGUUAAGUUUGGACAGAGCUAAUACCUCUAAGUACCUUUUUUAAAUGAAGAUAAGUUUUAUUUGAACCACUGGAUGGAAUUCCACACUUGUUCCACCUUGCCUAGACUCUGGAGGAGGAGGAGGAGGAUGAAGUGCUUCAUCAGAUAGUGUCGAACCUUUCCACCUGUUAGGAUAACAGGCUCUUUGUUUUCUCUAUUAUGGCAUGGCUAAUAGCAUUUGUAUUUCAGAUUCAGGUAUAUGUAGCUAUAGCUGUUGUGUUUAAGAUUUUAAAUAAUAAUUACAUGAAGAUAUUUAUGUCAGCUUACUGUACUAUAAGCAAAGAUUGUGUGUUUAAAGUGUGAUGAUGAUCAGCAGCAGGCACUUGGAUGGCCAUCCUUAGACAACGUGGUUGAGGAGUCUCUCUUCUUUUAACCUUAAAGCAGGGGGGUCAAACUCGAGGCCCGGGGGCCAAAUCUGGCCUGUGGUACAGUUAUACCGGCCCCCAAGAUAAUCUCAUAUUCUUUAACUGUCCCUAAAAUAUGAGGUCAGAUUUCCUUCAGAAUAAAAAUGUCAACUUAACCUGAUUAUAUCAAAUAUCCUUAAGUCAUAAAAAUGUGACAAAUAUAAAGAGUGAAAAUAAUAAGAUAAAAAAUGUGGGAAAUUCAUUUGUGAUUUUAUUUCAUAUUUUCAAUCUUCCACAGCACAGUUAUGACUUCUGUCUAUUAUAUGGACUUUUAUCUUCUGUUUUGAGCUUUUAAUAUUUAUUAUUUUGACUUUUUAUUCCAUGU